UGAAGCAAAGUUGAUAUAGCGCAUCCGCGAGCAAAACUUUUAAUUUUGAUAAAGACGGGACUUUACAAGGAAACGCGUAGUUUGCCUGAUAGACGGUACAGAGUUGAGCGUUUUUUUACUCUCGACGUUCAAACGAGAUCUCAAGAUGGGUGUGCCGAAAUUCUUUAGAUACAUAAGCGAGAGAUAUCCCUGCCUCAGCGAGGUCAUAAAGGAACAUCAGAUACCAGAGUUCGAUUAUUUAUAUUUAGAUAUGAAUGGUAUCAUACAUACAUGUUCACAUCCGAAUGAUGAUGUUUGUUUCCGUAUUUCUGAGGAGGAUAUUUUUAAAAACAUAUUUCACUAUAUAGAAGUGUUAUUCAACAUGAUACGCCCACAAAAGUUGUUCUUCAUGGCGAUAGAUGGUGUAGCGCCUAGAGCUAAAAUCAAUCAGCAGAGGGGUCGACGAUUUAGAGCUGCCAAGGAUGCAGAAGUACAAGAGGCUAAAGCUAAAGCAAAGGGUAUUGAAAUACCCAAGGAAAAGAGAUUUGACUCAAAUUGCAUAACCCCAGGAACACUUUUUAUGGCUAAACUUGGCGAACAGCUCAAACGUUUUGUUGAACAUAAAAUUUCUAUGGAUGAUACUUGGAUGAAAUGUAAAAUAUUGUUCAGUGGAUCUGAGGUUCCUGGAGAAGGAGAGCAUAAAAUUAUGGAUUAUAUAAGAUAUAUGAAAACAAGCAAAGAUUACAACUGUAAUUCCAGACAUUGUUUAUAUGGUCUAGAUGCUGAUUUAAUAAUGUUAGGUCUCUGUUCUCAUGAGCCAAAUUUCUCUCUUUUAAGAGAGGAGGUCAAAUUUGGUAAACAACAAGUAAGGAUGACUCCUGAGGAGACAAAGUUCUGCCUUCUUCAUUUGUCACUUUUACGAGAAUAUAUAGAGCAUGAGUUUUCACCAAUCAAAGACAAAUUAUCUUUUCCAUUUGACAUUGAGAAAAUUAUCGAUGACUGGGUUUUAAUGGGUUUUCUCGUGGGAAACGAUUUUAUUCCCCAUUUGCCAAAUUUACAUAUUACAAACGGUGCACUGCCAAUUCUGUACCGUGCAUAUAUGGAAGUAUUACCAACACUCGAAGGUUAUAUAAAUGAAGCAGGAACAUUAAAACUGGAUCGUUUUGAAAAGUUUAUGGAAAAACUUAGUCGUUUAGACUUAGAACAAUUUAAUGAACAGUAUGCCGAUUUAAAAUAUUUUGAAAGUAAAACAGGCAGACGGCCCAAUGAAACUGAACGUCAUGUAUACAAGAAAUCGGAAGAUGACGAAACUGCAUUUCCGCAAAAAAUACAAAAUAAAGAUUUAGAUGCUCUAAUUAAAAGUACUACAGAGAUGUCCUUAGGUCAUUCUGAUGAUGAUGAUGAAGAUGAUAGUGACUAUAUAGUUGAUAUGGAUAUGAUAAAUGACGAAUCUGAUAGUGAUAUAUAUAAUAUGGAAUUUGUACAACAUAAAAGAGAUUAUUAUAUGAACAAAUUGGAAUACAAAAAUGUUGAUGCAGAAGUUUUACGUUCGCAAGCUGAAGGCUAUGUCAGAGCAAUACAAUGGAAUUUACGUUAUUAUUAUCAUGGCUGUUGUAGUUGGUCAUGGUAUUAUCCACAUCAUUAUGCCCCAUAUAUUUCAGACAUAAAAGAUUUUAAGGAUUUGAAAUUAGAAUUUGAAUUGGGAGAGCCAUUCUUACCUUUCCAACAAUUAUUAGCUGUGUUACCUGCACAUAGUAAAGAUCUAUUACCAAAAACAUUCCAAUCACUAUUGAUAGAAGAGUCUUCUCCUAUUAUAAAUUAUUACCCACAUGAUUUUAAAACUGAUCUAAAUGGAAAAAAACAGGAAUGGGAAGCAGUUGUGCUUAUUCCAUUCAUUGACGAAAAGCUAUUGUUGGCUGCUAUGGAGCCACACUUAUCGAAAUUAACAGCGGAGGAACAAGCAAGAAACAAAUAUGGAUCGAUGUGUCUAUAUACAUAUAAUGAUGCAAUCCGAAGUGUUCAGAAGGCAACAACAUACUUUCCGGAAUUUAUCAAUUGUGCUCAGUUAACUUUAAUAAACCGCGACGAAAUUUUUGUGCCGCGAGAACAAUUAGUUCGAGGAUUGUCCCCGGGUUUCAAUCUCGAUGUUUAUUAUCCGGGAUUUCCUAUAUUGCGGCAUUUACAACAUACAGCGCAUUUAGAAAAAGCAAAGGUCAAAGUAUUCCAACAGGCAUCAAUGGGAGAAAAUAUGAUCCUAAGUAUAAUAUCAAACGAAGCACCUAAUUUAACGACCUUAGCGUCAGAACUAUUAGGGAAGAGUGUGUAUGUCGGAUGGCCUCACUUGAAGGAGGCUCUCGUGAUUGGCGUGGCUGAUAACGAUGUAAAAUUCAGUUUGAUUAAUCCACUAGAGGGUUACAGUGAUAAUAAUUUGAAAAAGGAAGUCGUAAAGGAUUUGUUAGCUGUGGAAUGGCGUACACAAAAGAAACAAAUCAGAGACACACAUAUGUCGCGUCUUGGAAUAGACAUAGGCGAUACGAACGUAUUAUUUUACGCCCGUACAUACUUGGGAAACAAAUACAUUUUCGGUGUGCAGGGAAAAGUGACGAUCGAGAAACAAUGGAGCGAUUUUCCCACGGCUUACGCUUAUCAGACUGUGGUUAAAAACAUUUCUGUCUACAGCAAAAAACUACCGGUUUAUAAAACUAUGCAUGAUAUUUUUGUACCAGGCACUUUCUGUUUCAUGUUGGGACAUCCUUAUUAUGGUGCAAUGGGAGAGGUUAUGCAAUAUAAGGACCAUCCAAAGCCACGCAGAAUCAAAAUUUCUAUAAAGAUUACAAAGGAGCCAACAUUUGAGGUCAUUAAACAAGCCUAUGCGCAACAGAGGACUCGAUAUAUGCAUGGCAGUAUUGCUGCACAACGUCUUGGAAUAAGUAGUCAUCUUUUAAGUAGAAUUACUGGAACAAUUUAUGUUAUACAAGCAUCGAAAGAGGAAAUUGCUAAAUAUAAUGUUGGAUUGAAUUUAAAGUUCAAUAAAAGGAAUGAAGAGAUGCCUGGUUACACUAGAAAAGAAAAUAGUCAAUGGUUGUACAGUGCAAAAGCAAUUGAAUUGAUUCGCAAUUAUAUGACGAAAUGUCCCAACUUGUUCGAACGUUUGGCUCAAAAUGUAACAAACGACAUUUUCCAAGAAGAGGAGCUAUUUGACAAGGGAUCAAACGAGCUGAAAGAUACAGUUGUAUGGCUGAAAACACAAUUGGACGGUAUAGAAAGUCGUGCCUGUGGCAUGGAUAUCGUCGAAAUGGAAUUAGUGAAACAGAUCGAGCAAGAAACAGAGGAAUACCUAAAGACUCAGAAUACCAAAGUAGUCUUUAUACAAGUAAAACCACAAUUGCUCUUCAAGCCAGGAUUACAUUUGCGUAGUGUGCCGCCUGAUCCGAGUUCCCAGAAUCGUUUAUUCGACAGAAUAUGCUGCGUUCGAAGCGGUUUCAGCGUACCGCUCGGAGCUAAGGGUGUUAUAAUAGGAAUACGAAAGGCGAACAAUCCAACGGACAUUAUGUACGACGUUUUGUUUGACCAGCCUUUCAUCGGCGGACUUACAUUAAGCGGUUGCUCUGCAUCUCGCGGCUAUCGUUUGGCAGCUAUGGACUUCAUAAAUAUCAGCUUUGGCGAAAGAAACGAGCAGGGGAAUCCAGCAAACGAAUCGGCAGAUUGCCGCAAACAAAUCGCGAAUCCAGCUUCUCCUAAUAAAAAGAACGAUCAAUCGUCGAAGUCGUAUCCGCAAAUGCAACUCGCAAAAAAAGGACUCGAAAAAUUAAGUCGAGACAUUAGUUUGGGCAUAAUGGUACAACAAAACAUGAUAGAAUCAGACUCAAAGACGGUGCCUUACGCGGCAUUGCCUCAAAAUUCCCGCCAGAACGCACCACCUAAUCAAACGUCUGAAUUUCAAGCGCUAUGGGACGAUUUGCAUAAGAUACAGAAACCGAACGGACCGCCCGAGAAAAUACCAUCGAAUCCAAUGAUGACAAAGAUUAAGCCAUUCAGCAACAAUCAUAAUAUGCAAUCGCCACAAGAUCCUAGCGCAUUCUUGAAAGCUAUGUUAAAGAUUCCCGAUGUAAAUGCGCAAACAAAUAAGCAACAGAGCAAACACUCUACAUCCGCGAUGACGCUUCAGAAAGCGGCAGUUUCGCAAAAAGAUCAAACAUUAAAUCCCCCACCUUUGGUUCAACAAAUGUUUGAUCACGCCCGACGAACGGAAGAAAGAAAAGAGAGAGCACAUUCAGUUUGGUAUAGCACACAAUUAUUACAACAUUUCUCGUAUAGCGGAGCUGGCAUACCAAAGUAUAAUUAUAUCAUCGAUGAAAAAACGGGUUUGAUUAGCGCCCACAUUAUGAUAGAUCAUGCAAGAGUUUUUAAGGGCGAUCCUUGCAUCACUCACGAACUAGCCACAGAAAGUGCUGCAAAACGAGCAUAUAAGGCAUUAAAUCUAAGUAUAGUAGCGACACAUGAUGCGAAAAUCGUAAUGACACCUCGACCACAAUGGUAUAAUAAUCAACAAAGUAAUUGGGUUCAAAAUAUCCGACCUCCUAUAAUGCCCAUGGGACCUCCGAAAAUGCCACCGUUUCCGCAAAAUCUACUUAUGCAGCCUAAUAUAUUCUACCCGAAAUGGAACCAGAAAUUGCCGUCAAAUCCAGCGUUCGGACAAACCGCGUUGUAUAACCAAGCCAGACAACAGCAAACUAAACAAGGACAACAAAAGGGUCCUCAGAAUGGACCGAAGAUGGAGAUUAAGAAUAGUACCACGUUCGUGCCAUUACAAGCACAGAAAAAGAGCAGAAACGCCAGUGUAAAACAAGCUGCAAGAGAAACCAAUCCAAAUUCCAAGAAGAAUUCGAGCCCUAAAGUGCAGCAGCAACAGCAGAAGAAAGAAGAAACGUCACCCAAGAAAGAAAAACAAGAGGUUGUAAAUAAAGUCAGGGAAAAGACAUUAAACGAACGGCAACAACAAUCACAGCAACAACAGCCGCAAUAUAACGCGGGAAAAUCGUCCAAACCUAGGAAAUCGCGCGUCGCCGCGAAAUUCGGUGCACCACCGUUAUCAAACGGCGGUGAACCUCCCCAGUGAAAAAUCUAUUCUGUCUUUUAAGAUGGGAUAACUUUGCAAAUUAUAUAUGUACAUACAAGAUAAUACCGAAAUCCCACCACGCGUUCGUUUUCUACAUUUUAUAAUAAAAACGAGCAAUUUUCUUUGAAGAUUUCCAAUGGGCCAGUUUAUCUCUUGUUGCAAAGACUUUACACAUUGGUGCAUUGAACAUUUUUCGUACUUAGAUAUAAUCACACCAAGUAAUAAUUUGUAGAUUCUUUUUCUCGAAUCAAAUGUAUAUACUUUGAACUUAUAUACGUAACAUAUGUAAAGAAUGUAAGUGAGAAAGUUAGUUGAUUGUUUAAUUUGCCUUUUUUACAUUUUGCUAUGCAUUAGCUAUGUGUAUCAUUUAUACUCAUGAAUUUUUAUGUUUUGAUAUUAGCACGAUAUAUUAUCAGAAUACUUUAUGAUUAUAUGUGUGUUGAUGAGUUAUUUUACUUUUUUAUGAGAAUGUUCGAAAAUUAUUUAUUCAGAUAUUUUUACGUAAUUAACUAUAAAAAAGUUACAAAAUUUAAAUGGUAUGCACAAAAGCUUGAAGCAAAAGUAUAUCGUAAAGAUUUUGAUAAUAAUAUGUUUCCUCUUUUUUUAAGGUUUUAUUUUAUUAAAAUACAUAUGUAUCAUGCGCACACACAUGACAAUCAGUUUAUACUAUAUUUAACUUUAUUGAAAAAAUUCAAAUUCAAAUUCGUUAAAUAACAUUGGUUUGUGCAUAAAUGGAUUUAAUUUAUUAUUUAAUAACGAGUUAUGCGCGAUUUAGAAAAAGCAGCGAGACAUCUAUUUUUAUUGCAGCAUAUGAUUUGUAUCUCGAUAGGCAACAUUAUGCAAGUAACAUAUGUAUGUUACAUACAUAAGAUAAGAAAGUGAUAUUAAACAAUAUACAAAUAA